CGUCACGCCGACUUCCGGCGCGGUGGCUCCAAGAUGGCGGCGCUGGCGCUGAGGGGUUUGGGGCGGCGCUGCCUCCUGGCCCGGCUGGGGCCCGGUCCCACCCUGCACCAGGUGAUCCCGAUGGGAACGACGGCGCGGGAGGAAAUGCAGCGAUUUUGGGACAGGAACGAGCGCUCAGGGCGGCCCCUGUCCCCCCACGUCAGCAUCUACAAGUGGUCACUGCCCAUGGCCAUGUCCAUCACACACCGCGGCACCGGUGUCGCCCUGAGCCUCGGUGUCUCCGUGUUUUCCCUGGCCGCUCUCCUGCUCCCGGAGCACUUCCCGCAUUACCUGGCGCAGGUGCGGGCGCUGAGCCUCGGCCCCUCCCUCCUCUUCUCCGCCAAAUUCCUGCUGGUCCUUCCCGUCUGCUACCACACCUGGAACGGGAUCCGGCACCUGGCCUGGGAUCUGGGGAAGGGGCUGCGGCUGCCGCAGGUGACCCAGUCGGGGCUGCUGGUGCUGGCCCUGACCCUGCUGUCCUCCGCCGGCCUGGCCGCCCUGUGAGCCGCCAUUCCCGCCAUUCCCGCAAUUCCAGCUGCAAUUCCCGCCAUUCCCGCCAUUCCCGGAACAAUUCCCGCCAUUCCCGGAACAAUUCCCGGAACAAUUCCCACCCCUUCCGGGGAAGGUGACGCUUCCCAACCCCUCCCCCGGCCAAAAAUCAAAUCCUGGGAUGAGCGGAGCUGCCUGCCCCACCCCCCAGGCCAGCGGCGCUCCUCGUCCCCAGUGUCCCCAAAGUGUCCCCAGGUGUCCCCAGGUGUCCCCAGGUGUCCCCACGGUGUCACCGGGGUGUCCC